AUGCGGCCCGGCAAUGGCCAGUCGACGGCCAAAUUCAGGAAGCAUCUUCCGAUCCUGCUUGAAGGACCUAUUGCGCUGGCACUUACGGGCCUUCGGACGGCGUUUCAAUUCUCGCUCCUCAAUGGCACGUCCUCAGCCGAACCCCUCAUAAUACGAAGAGCACGCGCGAGCCGCUACGUCGAUCAUGAAACCGAUACGAAUAUGGAUAACCGAAGAGAGUGCGAACGUUGCCGGACUUGCGCGCUGCUAUCGAAGCGACAGAGUAUUGCCGAUGUAAAGAGCAUAGCUGCCGAGAGCAAAUGUAGACAGGGUCGAAAUACGGGGAACUCGUCCCCUUCCGUCGCGUCAUAUUUCGCCGAUCGACCGAUAUCGACCGUUAACGCACGUGCCGGUAGUGCGACAGCAGUGUGCCGAGUGGAGACAUGGAUAACGGUGGGAAUGGACAACUGGUGGAGGCACAGCCGAGAUUCUGGGGCAGAACAGACGCCGUCCUUUGCAGCGGGCAAAGAGGAGGAUUCCGGUCGUCGUGUCCGAUCGAACGCGCGCACUCCUUUCGUAGCGAGCCGCAUGGGAUACAGCGCCUACCCGAGACGAACGAUCCAGCAGGGCGACGACGAACGGACAAGGAGGAUCAUGGAGAUAGCCGACAAGUGUGGAGGUACAAGAGAGAUCGAAGGGCCGGGAUCACCUGACCAGUUUCAGAUCUCAAGUUCGGUCGAUCGUGGAAUGGUGUCCCAUGUCGGAGAGCCGCCAGACUCCUGGCUAAGUUUGAAAGGUCGCAAAUAG